AGCGGACAUGGACUUCGACUCGUACCAGCACUAUUUCUACGACUAUGACUGCGGGGAGGAUUUCUACCGCUCCACGGCGCCCAGUGAGGACAUCUGGAAGAAAUUCGAGCUGGUGCCGUCGCCCCCCACGUCGCCGCCCUGGGGCUCCGGUCCCGGCGCCGGGGACCCGGCCCCCGGAAUUGGUCCUCCAGAGCCGUGGCCCGGAGGGGGCGCCGGGGACGAGGCAGAAUCCCGGGGUCACUCGAAAGCUUGGGGCAGGAACUACGCCUCCAUCAUCCGCCGUGACUGCAUGUGGAGCGGCUUCUCGGCCCGGGAACGGCUGGAGAGAGCGGUGAGCGACCGGCUCGCUGCUGGCGCGCCCCGGGGGAACCCGCCCAAGGCGCCGGCCGCCCUGGACUGCGCUCCCAGCCUCGAAGCCGGCAACCCGGCGCCCGCUGCCCCCUGUCCGCUGGGCGAGCCCAAGACCCAGGCCUGCUCGGGGUCCGAGAGCCCAAGCGACUCGGAGGGUGAAGAAAUCGACGUUGUGACCGUGGAGAAGAGACAGUCCCUGGGUGUCCGGAAGCCGGUCACCAUCACAGUGCGAGCAGACCCUUUGGACCCCUGCAUGAAACACUUCCACAUCUCCAUCCAUCAACAACAGCACAACUAUGCCGCUCGUUUUCCUCCAGAAAGCUGCUCCCAAGGAGAGGUUCCAGGGCGAGGGCCCCAAGAAGAGGGUCUGGAGAGAGAUGUACCAGAGGAAAAGGAAGAUGAGGCAGAUGAAGAAAUUGUGAGCCCCCCACCUGUAGAAAGAGAGCCUCCCCAGUCCUGCCACCCCAAACCUGUCAGUUCUGACACUGAGGACGUGACCAAGAGGAAGAACCACAACUUCCUGGAGCGCAAAAGACGGAAUGACCUCCGUUCCAGGUUCUUGGCCCUGAGGGACCAGGUGCCCACCCUGGCCAGCUGCUCCAAGGCCCCCAAAGUAGUGAUCCUGAGCAAGGCCUUGGAAUACUUGCAAGCCCUAGUGGGGGCUGAGAAGAGGAUGGCUACAGAGAAAAGGCAGCUCCGGUGUCGGCAGCAGCAACUGCAGAAAAGAAUUGCAUACCUCAGUGGCUACUAACUGAUCAAAAAGCCUGACUGCUCUGUCUUAACAAAGACCCGAAUUUAUUUUUUAACCUCUCCUAUCCCCCAUAGGAAUUUGCACAUUUUGGUUCCAGCGGGAUAGCCUGGACAGUAGAUCCCAGAACGCAUUGCAGCCGGAGCACACACAAGAAGGGCUUGCAUUCUUGGAAACCUUGCAGCCCAACUCUCCCUCUGCCCUGACUCAUGGGAGCGCUGUGGCUUCUCUGACGCCUUUGGCUUCUCAGGCGGACAGCUGACUGAGGAGCCUUGGGGUCUGCCUAGCUCACUAGCUCCGAAGAAAAGCCCGACAGAUGCUAUGCAACAGGUGGUGGACGUUGUCGGGGGGGCUCCAGCCUGCAUGAAAUCUCACACUCCCGAUGAGCUUUAGGCUGGGAAAGGAUGCUCCCACUGGUGUCUCUGGGGUGACGCUGGGACAGCUGGGCCUGGACAUUCUCCCUGAGGCUCCUUUUU